CAGACCGUAGCCCGAAGGUUUUUUUCAGCUUGGGUUGGGAGAAAACGGGUCGACUCGCCGUGUAAGGCCCAUGUCUGAAAACCCAAACAGACGUUCACAUUUCAGCAGAAAGUCGACUGCACAGCACGGCAAAGCCAGAACAGCAGCAAGAUGGAGUGUGAGUGGAAACCAGACGAGCAAGGACUUCAACAAAUUUUACAGCUGCUGAAGGAGUCUCAGUCGCCUGAUACGUCCACACAGAGAUCCGUCCAGCAAAGACUCGAGCAGCUGAAUCAGUAUCCAGACUUUAACAACUAUUUGAUAUUUGUUUUGACAAAGUUGAAAUCAGAAGAUGAACCGACCCGAUCCUUGAGCGGGCUGAUACUGAAGAACAAUGUGAAAGCUCACUAUCAGAACUUCCCUAAUGGCGUGUCUGAUUUCAUCAAGAGUGAGUGCCUCCAAAACAUCGGAGACUCAUCUCCUCUGAUUCGGGCCACUGUUGGCAUCCUCAUCACUACAAUUGCCUCCAAGGGAGAACUACAAAACUGGCCGGAGCUGUUACCCAAACUCUGCCUGCUGUUGGAUUCUGAGGAUUAUAACACAUGUGAAGGAGCUUUCGGAGCUCUUCAGAAGAUCUGCGAGGACUCUGCUGAGAUCCUGGACAGUGACAUGCUGGACCGUCCUCUGAACAUCAUGAUCCCCAAGUUCUUGCAGUUUUUCAAACACAGCAGUCCUAAGAUUAGGUCUCAUGCCAUCGCCUGCGUCAAUCAGUUCAUCAUCAGCAGGACUCAGGCUCUUAUGCUUCACAUCGAUCCUUUCAUUGAGAAUCUCUUUGCACUGGCAACAGAUGAUGAGCCAGAAGUGAGGAAGAAUGUUUGUAGAGCUCUUGUUAUGUUGCUUGAGGUUCGCCUCGAUCGUCUCCUGCCACACAUGCAUAACAUCAUAGAGUACAUGCUACAGAGGACUCAGGACCAUGACGAGAAUGUUGCCUUAGAGGCCUGUGAGUUCUGGCUGACACUGGCCGAGCAGCCGGUGUGUAAGGAAGUGCUGUGUGGCCACCUCUCCCAGCUCACUCCGGUGCUUGUCAACGGGAUGAAGUACUCUGAGAUUGACAUCAUUCUGCUCAAGGGAGACAUUGAAGAGGAUGAGGCCAUUCCAGACAACGAGCAAGACAUCAGACCACGCUUCCAUCGCUCCCGCACUGUUGCCCAACAGCAUGAGGGUGAUGGAAUUGAGGAUGAGGAGGAUGAAGAUGACGAACUAGAUGAUGAUGAUACUAUCUCUGACUGGAACCUGCGCAAGUGUUCAGCAGCAGCGCUCGAUGUGUUGGCCAACGUGUUCAGGGAAGAUCUGUUGAUGCACAUCCUGCCUCUUCUCAAAGAGCUGCUUUUCCAUCCAGAGUGGGUAGUUAAAGAGUCUGGAAUCCUAGUGCUGGGGGCUAUAGCUGAAGGCUGCAUGCAAGGAAUGAUCCCAUACCUGCCUGAGCUCAUCCCUCAUCUCAUCCAGUGUUUGUCUGACACAAAAGCCCUGGUGCGUUCUAUCACCUGUUGGACACUGAGCCGCUAUGCACACUGGGUUGUCAGCCAGCCUCCGGAUGUUUACCUGAAGCCUUUAAUGACAGAGCUGCUCAAACGCAUUUUGGAUAGCAACAAGCGUGUGCAGGAGGCUGCUUGCAGUGCCUUUGCCACUUUGGAGGAGGAGGCUUGUACAGAGCUGGUGCCCUACCUGGCAUUCAUCCUGGACACACUGGUGUUUGCUUUCAGCAAGUACCAACAUAAAAAUCUGCUAAUUCUUUAUGAUGCAAUAGGAACACUUGCAGAUUCAGUGGGCCACCAUCUCAAUAAACCGGAGUACAUCCAGAUGUUGAUGCCACCCUUGAUCCAGAAAUGGAACCAACUAAAAGAUGAAGACAAAGAUCUUUUCCCUUUGUUAGAAUGUCUGUCAUCUGUAGCCACAGCACUGCAGAGUGGCUUCCUGCCCUACUGUGAGCCCGUGUACCAACGCUGUGUCAACCUCGUUCAAAAGACCCUUGCUCAGUCCAUGCUUCAUCAGUCCCAACCAGAACAGUAUGAGGCCCCUGACAAAGACUUCAUGAUUGUGGCUUUGGAUCUUCUUAGUGGACUGGCAGAAGGAUUGGGAGGCACCAUUGAGCAGCUGGUGGCUCGUAGCAAUAUCCUCACCCUCAUGUACCAGUGCAUGCAGGACAAAAUGCCAGAAGUUCGUCAGAGUUCAUUUGCUCUGCUAGGGGAUCUCACCAAGGCUUGUUUCCAGCAUGUCAAACCAUGCAUCGCUGAUUUCAUGCCCAUACUGGGUACAAAUUUAAACCCAGAGUUAAUAUCAGUGUGCAACAAUGCAACAUGGGCAAUUGGAGAGAUAUCUAUACAAAUGGGGCCUGAAAUGCAACCAUACAUUGCGAUGGUGCUGCACCAACUGGUGGAGAUCAUUAACAGGCCCAAUACCCCAAAGACACUACUGGAGAACACAGCAAUAACAAUUGGUCGUCUUGGUUACGUUUGUCCUCAAGAGGUGGCACCCAUGCUACAGCAGUUUAUAAGACCCUGGUGCACCUGUCUGCGAAAUAUAAGGGACAACGAGGAGAAGGAUUCCGCAUUCAGAGGAAUUUGCACUAUGAUUAGUGUAAAUCCAGGAGGUGUAGUGCAGGAUUUUAUAUUCUUCUGUGAUGCAGUGGCUUCCUGGGUCAAUCCAAAGGAUGACCUCAGAGACAUGUUCUACAAGAUCCUUCAUGGGUUUAAGAACCAGGUGGGAGACGACAACUGGAGACGCUUCGCAGAUCAGUUUCCAAUGCCACUGAAGGAACGGUUGGCAACCUUUUAUGGGGUGUAACUGUUUCCACAGCACGUGCCUCAUCGUUGGGGUCAUUCACUAUGGGAGACAAUAUCGGGAACCAUCCCAGGGAGCAUGUUACCCUUUACUGGGGGGAAGGAUCUGCCUGCUGAGGGAAGGGGAAGGGGUGCUGACCCCCCCUCCUUGACCUGGUGGAUGGGGUGGGAGGGAGAUGAUAGCUACAGUUCUCAGUGCCCCUAUGCACAGACAAAGGGGCAAAAGGGACUGGCAGGACAACCUUAUCACUGGAGGAAAAUUCAUCUAAUAUCUGAAUCAGAAGUUGUAGUUUGUUGGGGGGGGGUUUUUGUUGUUGUUUUUUUGUUUUUUGGGUUUUUUUUUGCUUUUUCCUCUCCAUUUAUUCUCCAAACAUCUUGUUUUCUGGACUACUGAGAAGAAAUGAAUGUGGAAAAAAUUGAGAAAUCUUUACAAAACCCUGUACUUUUUGUUAGACAAGGAGAAAUGUAGGUCUUCUGCUCAGAUAUGCGUUUAUAAGAGUAAACGAGAAGUAUUAUGAAGUAAAGCUGAAGGUUCUUUGAGACACAUUUCCUGUAAGUACAGAGAUGGUUUAAAGUUCCUACAGAAAAAGCUGUUUUGUCACAAGGGAGCACAUAGUUUUUGUUUUUUAAAUGAGCAGCUUUUCUGAAAAUGGGUAGCAUGUGUAUAUCAUUGUGGAAAAGCUGUAGUGAAAUGUGUUGACAGCUGUUGUUGAGCUUUGAUAAGGUUCUUUUUUUUUUUUGGGUCUUGUAUUUACAGUACUCAUGUUUUCUUCUACUGGAGAUUUACGGCAAUCAGCUGUAAUGUAGCAUGACGGGCUUUACACACACUGACUUAGAAAAAUGUGUAAAAUCUUGGCUGUGGCGUGAUGUCCGAGUGAAUCAUUGUUUGGUCUUGUGGCGUGAAUGUGACAUGGACAUCUAUCUGCAGGCAUAUCAAAGCUUUAGAUGCUUACUUUAUCCUUUUAUAUUGUCUGAGCCUCGGAAAGGACAAAUGAAGGAGAAGCAUGCAGGAUAACAAGAUCCUGUUUGCUGAUUAUUGUGUCAUUGUGUUUUGGACGUAAAUGUCACAAUGGCACAAAUACUGUCUCAGUGAUUUGUUUUUUUUGCUUUUUUGCUUUUGCUUUUUUUUUGUGACUUUGGUUGUCAGAACCAUAUAAACCAUCAAAUCAAUGUUAACUAUGUUAAUUUCUCAAUGUACUGAUGUUUUUGUUAUUGGUUGUUGGAAUUUUUGUGCUAAAAGCAUGAUCUUGAGGAUGACUUUCUAAUGUUUUGGGUGGUUGUCACUGUGGGGUACUUUCAUCUUUUGCAUGUUGGUGGCCCCUUACACCCCAACUUAAAGUGGGAAGGUUGCAGGAGCUUCAAUCAAGUUUUGGUUUUAUUUUUAUUUUUUUUAUAUAGCAACCAUUUAUGUUCAGCAUCACUGUGACUUUUAAAGACUUCACAGUAAUCUUGCUAGAGUGUUCUCUUCUUCACCUUUCACCUAUAGUUGGAUAUGUAGAUUUUAAAUACUGUGAAAUUACAUGUUGUCUUCUUGUGUUGCAGUGUUAUUAUUAUUAUUAUUUUUAUUAUUAAUCUAUAUGUUUAAGUUGCAGAUGGCCUGAAUGUAUUCCAUGAUGGAUUUUUAUUUUAUUUUUUUUUAUAUUAUUGUUUUGUUUAAUUUUAAUUUUUUACGCCCAUCCAUUCUUCCUCUGCUGGCCAGAGUAAUAAUUGCAGUAUUUAAAUCCUUUGUGAUGCACCUAAAAUGUACUUACUUACUUACCUACUUACUUAGCAAGUGCUUAAAAUGAAUGAUGUAGCCAAACACUUUAGAAUAUGACCUGACAGGUCAUUGAGCAUUGCUGCUAAAAUGUGUGGACCUUAAUGCAUUAAGCAUCUUGAUCCAAUUGGGAUAUUAGAGUGUAGAAGUAGUUUAAUGUGUUAGCUCAACUGCCACAUUAAGAAAUGUAUUACUAAUCUUAGAUUAAACAUUUUUUGAGGACAUACACGGUGAAUGCAGGUUAUAAUGCAUCAUGGAAUACAGAGGCAAAUACUCGUAUGUGUCACAUCAUUAUGUGUUUAGAAGUGAUUUUUGUCUUGUCACAUUCCAGCUUGCGGCUUGCAAAAAUAUGAAGUAAUCGCAGCUUGACGGGGUGGAUGUGCACACACUUCUGUUCUUUCUUCAAAAGAUAGUAGUUCUACAAAACACACAACAAUCCCAAUUACUACUGUGCUAUAAUUUUGACGUAACUGCUGCUAUACAUUGUACUUGUUUCACUAUAUGAAUAUGUUUUUGUGUUUACCUCAGGGGGUGUGUGUGUGUGUGUGUGUGUGUGUGUGUGUGUGUGUGUGUGUG